AUCCACUUGGCUAUCACUGUACUCAUAAUCUCUACUCAAUUUCAACUAUUUAACAUGAUUGAGGAGGGUGAAUCCAAACAAUCCAAGGCCCAGUGGAGUGAGGAAGAGGUUGAUGGCCUCCUGUCAUAUCUACAACUGCAGGUGUCGAAGAUCGCUGGGGUCACCUUUAGAGAUGAGACAUUUCAUGAGGCUGCAAAGAGCAUAGCACAUCUCUCAAAGCAAGGAUCACCCAAGGACAUGGCACAAUGUAAGAGAAAGUGGAAAGCAUUGAAACAAAUCCAUCUUGCCAUUGAGAGAUAUUGCAAUCGAUCCAGAUUUUAUUGAUGCCAGUACUGGAAAUAAGAUUAUGAAACCAUUUAAAACCAAUGGGUGGAGAUAUUGGGAGAAGAUGUCAGUGAUUCUCCCGAAUGGGAGUGGUGCUCAUGGGGGUAGUGCCUACAACCUGGCUUCCUUGGCUGCGCAGGCUUCAGGGGGUGCUACUGCUUCUAGCGCUAAGGCAAGUGGGUCCAUGGCCACCACCACCAGCACUGCAUCAAGUGGAAGGACGAUGGGACUUGAUGUCAGUGUGCCAAAAGCUGCCACCACUGGUG